AAUCGGUGGGACAGAGAGAGCGAAAGCGCCGGAAGAAAAGAGUAAGCUGAUUACAGGGAUCUACAGUUUCAUGUGUAUAGAUAUAUAUAUACACCUAUAUCUAUAUACAUAUGUAUCAAAGCUGUCCUGUCGGAGGAGAAGGUACUCGGGUAGCUCUGGAUAUCCGAUAAUAGACUUUAGUACACUUUGUGUGGUCUGUCCCAUCGCUGGAUCUUACUGUAAUUUUUAUUUUUAUGUGAGUGUUUUCCUGCUAUGUUUCUUAAUGACUUCCCUAAGCUAAUCAUGCCACUUAACUGAGUUGAUUAAGUGGCUGAUGGUCGGUAUUGUUGGUGACUGUUCCACGCGUGUGAGGAAACUUUCAUCUCCUUGUCUUUGUGUGAGGACUACAGAGCGCACUGGAGAAAAGGGAGACCCGAAAGUGCACAAAGACUCCAGAAAACUUGUUUGGCAUUAUCUACAUUUUUGAGAACUUAAGGACCAGACAGGUCUGCGUGCAGGUCUGUUCGUGCGUUUGACCUGAGAAAAGUUGUCAACAAGAGGAGCGCAGAGGCAACCUGGCAGGUGUACAAGUGAGUUUGCACGUGUGGUGCACGUCUAGUCCUGCUGCUAUAAAUAGAAGGCGUUGUACGCAUUAAAAUCAGAGAAACAACAGCUGUCGAGCUGUGCGUGAAACGCCCCACCCUACCUGCACCGUCUUUACAGGACAGGACAGGACAGUACAGGACAGGACAGGACAGGGCCUCUCACUCGCUUUGGCUCUGAGGCUGCACGUGUCCUCGCAUGGACUGACAUGGCCACGGACCUCGCCAUGAGCGCUGACCUGCCCACCAGUCCCCUGGCUAUCGAGUACGUGAACGACUUCGACCUCAUGAAGUUUGAGGUGAAAAAAGAGCCUCCUGAGGCCGAGCGUUACUGCCACCGCUUACCGCCGGGCUCUCUUUCCUCCACGCCGAUCAGCACGCCGUGCUCCUCCGUGCCUUCCUCGCCAAGUUUUUGCGCACCUAGUCCCGGCGCACAGCCCGUCCAGAACCUCGGAGUCAAUAACAACAACAACAGUAGUAACAGCAGCAAUGGUGGAAACAACAGCAGUAACAGUACUCAGGGCGCUUCUGGCAAGCCCCAGCUGGAGGACUUCUACUGGAUCCCUAACUACCAGCACCACAUCAGCCCAGAGGCUUUAAACCUGACCCCUGAGGACGCCGUAGAGGCGCUCAUUGGAAACGCGCACCACCACCACCAUCACCAUCACCAUCAGCAAUACGACACGUUCCGCGGGCAGCAGUACGUCGGCGAGGACCUGUCGACCUCCUCAAACGGGUACCACCACGCGGCGCACGCCCACCACCCGCACCACCACCAUCACGGCCACCACACGCUCGCGCGUCUCGAAGACCGUUUCACGGACGAGCAACUCGUUAGUAUGACGGUGCGCGAGUUGAACCGGCAGCUGCGCGGCUUCAGCAAGGAGGAGGUGAUCCGCCUGAAGCAAAAACGUCGCACCCUGAAGAACCGCGGCUACGCGCAGUCAUGUCGCUAUAAGCGCGUGCAACAGCGGCACAUGCUCGAGACGGAGAAGUGCACGCUGCAGAACCAAGUGGAGCAACUCAAGCAGGACGUGGCGCGCUUGGCCAAAGAGAGAGACAUGUACAAAGAAAAGUACGAGAAGCUUGCAGGCCGGACCUACAACGGCGGCAGCAGCAACGCCAACCGGGACCCGUCCAGCGGUAAUCACGGCAAAGCCUCAUCGGCGGAUUUCUUCAUGUGAGAACUGUUUCAGGUCUUUUUUCUUUUUACCCCACACGAACUGUUUUUUUUACUUUCAUUUUUAUCUAAGUGUGACCUAUUUUUAUUUAGGCUACAGUUCGUAUACAGCAAAAUCCCCGAUGCCGAAUUAACACCUGCAACAUGUUUUCUUAAAAAGCUCCUCUGAAAAGUGGCACUAAAGCGUAUCAGUCUUUUACAACUUUAGUGUGUAUCCUUUACCUAGAAAUGUGCGUUUGAGGCAUAACUUUCAGCACUAUUUACGGUCCAUUACAGUACAGUACUUUACAUCAUCGAGGUACAAGAUGUCAACAUUUCUAGGGGAAAGAUACAUAAUAAACGUACAAACGAUACAAAGCUAUAGUUUAGUACCUUUUUGGGUACCGUUCUAGUGUGCAUUUGUUCACUUAACACUGAGGAUUUUGCUGUCUGCUUUUCAUAAACAAAGCCAAGGACUCGCAUCAUUGCAUAUGACAACAUAAGCAACAUAUGUCCAGUAACGCACACGAGAUAGUCACCGCGCGUAAUGGUGCACACUGACUGUUUGUGCGCGUACAUUAGACUAUCAAAUAUAUGUCUUAAAGGUAGUAUGUUCAUAGAGAAGGUAUAAACGGACCUCACCUCUGACCUAUACGUGGACUCACACAUCACCACCUCCACACAAAAUAUCGUGCUUUCUGACUCAGUGUAUCAGAAUAAAGAGCGUUUUUAAUACAAAAAAGUCUUACCUGCUCACACAACCAGCGGUGGAUUGGUGUUCUCAGACGUUUUCGUCUUCUUCAGUCUUAACGGAUCCGACAAACAUGAAGCGCAAAAAGUGUGGAUCUGAAAUGUUAUUUAUUUAUUCGUGUUAUUUAUUUUCUGAUCGGACUAAAGAGGAAUUUGCAACCCAACGAAUGAAUAAAAAAGGGGGGAAAGGCAAUACAUUGUCGGACUUAUUUGAGAAGGUUGUACUCUUUGUAGUGACUUAUGGACCUGAGAAGGAAGCAUUGCAGCCUGCAUCCACCCUCCAACCCUGCAUGCGGGACAUGUAUGGUCACUAAAUCUCCAAGCCCUUUGUAUCUUUCCCACACACCUGGAUGAAAAAAAGCAUGGCCCUUAAUCAGCCCCGUAUCUUCCUCCUUGUCCAUCUUAUCUCUCUUCUAAGUCUGUCCCGAACAGUGUAGUGUAACGUCUUUAGACUUUUAGUAAAUAUGCAGUUAAGGAAUUGGAACAGAACCCUAAAACUACAGGAAGUCCAGAAAGGUUUUAUCACCAGUGAAAUGCGUCCGAGCCUAAUUUUGUUUUCUUUUCUUUCUUUCUUUUUUUUUUAAAUGUUCAAAGUAACAGAAUAGUGCCACAUAAAUUAAAUGAACUGAGCCAGAUUUACUUAUUUAUUCUCACAACGUGUAAAUAUGUAGAAAUCAGUUAGUGUGUUCAUUUUGAAGUAUUUUUUCCCCCCCAAGUCUUUAUUUUUAUUUUUUUGCUUGUUUAAUCAAAACAUCUUAACUGCAAUGUUUGUAUGUAAAAGCAUGCAAAUAGAACAACGAUAUUCUUUCUAUCGAAUAUGUACAAUAUAUAAGAAGAGAUGCAAUGCUUACUGCACUGGAACAGAAGGAACUGGGGAUGUGCUGGGGUUCAUUUCUCUCUCUGUGUUCAUCUAAAGGUGACAUCAAAUAUUUGGACUUCAGUCGCUGCUACAUCCUAUAUAUACAUAUAUAUUCAAGGACUCAAAAAUAAAAUUUAAUAUGCAUUACUUUGUGCGAAAAAUAAUACCAAUCGAAUUGAAAAAGAAUUUUGGAUCAAUUGCUAGAUGCCGUUUGGAAAAUAUCCUACAUUUAUACACAAAAAUAAUAUUGCUUGAAUUGAUUCUUUUAAGCUGAAUGAAUUAAAUUUAUGGCGAUAUGUAGAUUUUAUCAGGUGAAAAAAAAAACUAUGCUCUAAAAUAUACUGCGUUAUUUUCUUAGCUUCACAAAGUAUACUCCUGACCAGUUAAUUGCUCAUAGGCAGAAACAUACCACAAAUACCACGUAGUUCACUUUAAACCAUUUAAUAUAAGCUAAACAAAAUGUGAUGGUUAUUUAAUACAAGUUCAGAAAGUGCAAUAUUGGUGACCACAGCAUAUUGAAAACAACACAAAAUCUUGUCUCAGUAGUGUACAUGCAACAUCCAGUACCAAAAUUAAGUGCUUAAGAUUUAUACACAGCGUCAUUGGGAUUUUUCUCCAUUGGGAUGUCAGUCAGGUCUUCCUCCUGUAUAUGAGGUUAUAUUUGGGAAUGUCACCAGGAAGCCAGUUCACCCUCCUGCUUCAGUCAGAACGCAGUGUGAGCGCAGUCUCUCUUUACAUUACUUUCAUAUGGAGCACAUGGAGGCUUGAGAUGACCUUGGCUCAGAGAUGGGCUGUAUGUGUACAAAACUGUAUAUAUAUGAUUUCUAUAUAUUUAUUCUAGAAACAUCUAAUGUCCUCUACGUGUCAAUA